AUGGGUUCCAUGUCACACAUGAAGUUGCGGCGAACCCCGCUGAAAAACUCAGGGUCAAUCGACCAUCUCGAAUAUGUCGACGUGACGCCCAUCAUUGGGCGUGAAUAUCCUACUGCAAGACUCAAGGACAUGUUGAAUGCCCCUAACGCAGACGAUCAGAUUCGAGAUCUUGCCAUCACUAUCUGCGAGCGCGGUGUUGUUUUCUUUCGCGCGCCUCAAGACGACUUAACCGUUGAAGAGCAGAAGAGAAUCACGUAUCUGUUGGGCAAGUUAACGGGCAGACCUGAGGACCAUGGCUUGCACGUCCAUCCUCUUUAUAAUGACCCCAACAACAUUCCCAUGGCAGACGGGACCACGGAUGAGAAUAUCUAUGUUAUCAACUCGGAAGCCAUGAAGAAAUUAUAUGCAACAAUGAAGAAUCGACCGAACAGCACAAGCGAGCCGAAGGACUUGAGCCGGGAAUGGCACAGUGAUUGUCUCUUCGAAGAAUGUCCUGCAGAUUUCAGCUUCUUGCGCAUGCAAGAUACACCACCAUCUGGUGGAGACACACUUUGGGUGUCUGGCUAUGAACUCUACGAGCGCCUCUCUCCACCCUUCGCCGCUUUCCUCGAGACUCUGACUGCCACCUGCGCUCAACCUGUUUUCAAAUCUGCAUCCGAUGCCGGCGGCUACGAGCUAAUGUCGCCCCGCGGCUCGCCCUUGAAUGUCGGCGAUAAAUUCGCCCCUGUGCAUCCCGUCAUCCGCACCCACCCAGUCACUGGAUGGAAAUCCCUUUUCGCGGGCGUUGGAUUACACGUCACACGAAUCAACGAUGUCUAUAACUAUGAGGAUCAGAUUAUUCGCGACUAUGUCCUCAGGCUUAUCACGCGCAAUCACGACUGUGUGGCAAGAAUGCAUUGGACGAAGCAGGCUUGUGCCAUCUGGAGCAAUGCAUGCACUUUGCAUGCCGCAACGGCCACGCCUCUUGUGCGCCAGAACGGAAAGGCUUAG